AUGAAUUUUAUCAUAUUAUUGACUUUUUCCACACUUACAUCUGCUAACUAUUUUAAUGUUUUUAAGAGGGCAACAUGCGAUACUGGAGCUUGUGUGAGUGCUGCUCGAGCAUUAUCAGAAACUUGUGAUGUAAAUUCAAGAGAUAUUUAUAAAUGUCUUUGUAAUGAUAUGUCCGAUUCUUUCUAUGAAAACAUAAUUGAAUGUGCUCAGAACUGUGAUGAUGUUGAAAACGGAGAACAACUUCCAGAUGCAUCAGGUUUAAGGAGUGUCUACUGUGAAUUGGCUUCACAAACGGGAAUACCAACAGUUGAUUUUGGUGGUUUUGGUGGUGGCGAUUUUGGAGAUUUUUCUGAUUUUGUAACACCAACAUUUGAUUUUGAUUCUGUUCUUUCCACUAUUCAAGGUGGGUCAGCAGAAUCAGAAGAAACUGGUUCAGGCUCAACAGCUAAAACUACUGGUUCCAGUUCCGGUUCCGGCUCAAAAACUACUGGUUCUGGUUCUGGUACAGCAAAAUCUGGAACAAAUGCUUCAGAAACUAAAAACCUGGAAACUAUGUCGGAAGAAUCUGCUUCUGCUGAAGCACACGAAACUUCAGAAACGACAACAAGUGCUACGGGUGCCGCUGCCUUGAACAGUGUUUUAUCCAAUGUUAUUUUGAUGCUAGCAAUUUUGAUUUAA